AAACCGCACUGACUUGUUACUUAUUCGGCAUACUUCAGUUAAGAUGGAGGAAGAGAAUUACUCGCUUAAAAUUGAAGCAACUGAAGUUAUUAAAGAAAUAUCUUUUGCUGUUCAUGAUGUCAAGAUGUCUAAGGCUCUCCCAAACACCGACGAAAAUGUAUAUUUUAACUUGGAAACGAAAGAACACCUGUGUUACUGCGUUGAAUUAACGCCUAAAGGUUUCAGGCUUGCUAGUCACAAGUUUGAUACACUGGAGAAUGGGGAAGACAAAUACUAUGAGACAAUCUACUCACUGCUUGACUCCAUCAGUCCAGAAUACAGAAACACGUUUGGUGAUACACUCAUACAGAAGUUACAGGGACUGCAGAAUUCAAAAGAUGAUGGGGUCACAGAUGAUCCAUCUUGAUGCAUGAUCAGUUAAUAUGUUUACAUUUCUAGAUCUGAUUCAUUUUUUGUUUUUCAUAGUUCAUAUGCAAUGUUUUAAUUAAAUUAAAGAUAAGUAGUAAAACUGACCAUUUUUGUCUUGGUAUUGCUUCUGAGCUUAAGAAUCAAGCACAAAUAACUUAAAAACAAUCAAAUACUAUGCUGCUUAGUCAUGAAGAAAGAAAUACGCUGGCAGAUCAACAUAUAAAAUUCAAAGACACGGGGUCUUGCAAAAGUAGAAACAUUAGAAAUAUCUGAACAAUUUUAAACAUUAACCCUUAGAUGCAUGAAGAGGGGGAUUCAUGUUUUGCUAUCAUUUCUUGUAUCAGUUAUUAUUGUAACGGUAUUGCACAGUGUAAUUUAAACAAUUGCUAUGUGCACAUAAUCUUAAUUGUCGCUUUAUGUAUGUUAUUCUUUUAGUUUGGCAUAUCUUAAUAAUUACAAAAUUUAUAAGGUCUUAGAAUACAUGUAUAUACGUGUCGUUGAAUAUAUAAGACAAUCAAUUAUAGAUGGAGAUUUUCAUAUUUUGAUUAGUAUAAAUUAUGGUUAAGAACUUAAGAUAUACAUUGUUUCUAAUGUUAAUAGGGUUUUGCAACAAAAAUGAGGACCUUUUUGUCUCAAUCUGGUGUUUGAUAACUUAUGUUUCACAUCUUAUUUGUUGAGGUAGUUUUAUGUUUCAUUUGAAAUAAUUUUUAAAAUUCAAUAAUUCAUUAUUUGGUUCUGUUGAUAUUAUACCAGUUAUGUCCUUGGGAGAUAUCACAUUUGUGUGUAUUGCUUUUGAUUAUAAAAACUCAUAUUUUGUUUACAUACUUGAUAUUGUGUUCAACCUAUGGUCCAGUUUUGAGUUAUCAUAUAUGAACCUAUAUAUUUUGGGUUUAUUUUUAUGUGAUAGCAUAGUUUAUUUAUGUUAUUGACUUUACGUUGUGAUGUUAUUUAUUGUAUUUCUAAUCUUUAAAAAAAAAAAUAUAUAUACAGGUUGUUCAAGUGUGAAUAUUGUUAUUUAACAUAUUUGUGAAAUGUUAACUCAAAACUGGUGUACUGAAGUUUAAACCUGUAAUUAGUGGUAUGUAGCCUAAAUAAUUAAUCAUUUACAUUUAUAUACAAAAAUAAAACAAACCUCUUUAAAUGUAUGAAUAGAAUAAGCUCAUGUAUUUUUUAUUUGAUUUUCUGAAAACUUUGAUAUCAGCUAUUGUUAAUUUUCAUGACAUUUUUAGCUCACCUAUGUAUGAGGUUGGCUAGUGCCUCGUUUCUGAAACUGUUAGCUGGUUGUAUCUCUUGAUGCCAUUUGUUUGUAUCCAAUGUUGAUGAAAUUUGAUCAGAAUGUUUAUCAUGACAAUAUCUUGGCCAAGAUUCAAUAUGGCCAACAUUUAUACAAAAAUGAGGUUACUGGUAAAAAUUUAAUAAAAACAUUGUUACCACUCUAGAAGCCGCAUUUGUGACUCUAUCCUGAAUACACUUUGACAUAAUGUAUAUCUUAACAAGGUUUAAGCUGAUUUUGGAUCAGGGUCACUUUCAUCCAAAAACUAGGUCACCAGGUUUGUUCUUAGAAAAACCUUGUGAUCACUUUAGAGGCCACAUUUGUUACUGAAUAUUGAUGAAACUUGGUUGGAAUGUUUAUCAUCACAAUAUUUUGGCCUAGUUCGAAUCAAAGUCAUAUGCAUAGAAAAUAUAGGUAUAAACGGUAACCAGGUUAUAAUUCUUAGAAAAACCUUGUGCCCUUUUAGAACCCAGAUGUAUUACUUAAUCGUCAUUCUUGAUGAAACUUUGUCAGAAUGUUUAUCUUGUUUGUUAAUUUUUUAUAAUUUUUCAAAACUAUUUUAAGUAAUUUGUGCAAUACAUAUGUUAUGUUCUAAUUUAACUAUUGUAUGUUAUAAUUGCAAGUUCAUAAAAUAUAUUUUGUGCAGCUAGUUUUAUAGAUAUGCAGAGAAUGCAUACAUGAUCGAGUAUAUAUACAUAAAUGUGUGUUAAAAAUGUUUGAAACAUAUUUUGUAUGCCUCUGAAGGAGGGCAUAUAGUGAUCGCACUGUCCGUCAGUCUGUCUGUCACACUUCGCGUUUAGGUUUCGAAAAAUGCUCAUAACUUCUAUGUCGCUUCAGAUGUAACAUUCAUAUUUGGUAUGCAUGUGUAUAUGGACAAGGCCUUUCCAUAUGCACACACAUUUUUACCGCUUUAACCUUGACCUUGAACUUAAGGUCCGCAUUUAAGUUUCGAAAAAUGUGUUUAGGUUUCGAAAAAUGCUCAUAACUUCUAUCAAAGCGUUUAUCAGGGGCAUAUGUCAUCCUAUGGAGACAGCUGUUGUUUUUAUUUUAAAGACCCUUCAUGAAAAAUCUUUAUUACAGAUCACUCUCUUGACAAUUCAAUUUUUUUUUCAAAAGUGUACUAUAUCAAGUCUAUGCAAACAGAUUAUACUAUGCACCAGUAUUAUUAUUAUCCGCCAUAGUCGGAGGGAUAUUGUUUUGGCGUUGUCUAUCCGUCCGGCACUUUUGUGUCCGGAGCCAUAUCUUGGAAGUGCUUUGGCGGAUUUCAUUGAAACUUGGUAUGAGUAUAUAUAUGAAUAAGAGGAUGAUGCACGCCAAAUGGCAUUGUACACCAUCGUUCUGGCCCUUUGUAUUUUGAAAAAAAUGCUUUUGUGUAUUCGGAGCCAUAUCUUGGAAGUGCUUUGAUGGAUUUCAUUGAAACUUGGUAUGAGUAUAUAUUAUAUUAUAUAUUUUUUGUCCAGAAGUGUAAUGGCGGGGGAUAUCAAUUCAAUGAAUUUGCUUGUUUCUUUUAAGUAAGUGCCUUUCCAAUAGCAUUAGAUUGUAAGGCGGUGUGAUGUAUGAAUCAUUGUGCUUUCAUUAUUUAUACAUACAUUGUACAUAAUGCUGCAUCUAUAUGAUAUAUAUUAGUCUGGGACUAGGUAUUUCUAAUUAACAUAAUAUGUGCCAAUUGUUUUGCAUGCUUUUAUUUGUAUUUGUUAAUUUUGUACAUAAAGAACGUAUAUGCUU